AGCUACGAAGUGUUUUCUCUUUUUCAAAACACGCGCUGAGAAGUUUUACAAUAUUUGUUUUUUCUGAAGAGCGGGAAACCUUAUAGAUGUUUCGCUGCUACUGGCUUCGGUCACUCAGAGGCCUCGAUUGAUAUCACAUAAUCCGCCAUGGAAAAGUACGCAGUUCCUGUUGCUGCGAUCGCUGAAAACGUUAAGCCAAUAACGGGGACGCAGUGGAAUAGGAGUCUAGUUGAAUUGACUGGAAAAUUUAAAGGCAAUUACCGCCACGAUGUCUCCCCGCUGCUUAUGCAAUCGUAUUCCGAGAUUGGGGCAUUUCCUCACACGUAUCACAUUGAAGGAAGACCUUGUAAAACGCAUAUCAGCAGCAUGUAUCACUCGUUCUUGAUUAACGCAGCCACUGGAUACGCAUCAGAGGGCUCCCGCAUCAGUGGGGUGGGUGUAUCUGCUUUGGAAUUUGACAGACAGGGAAUCUAUUUGGCAUCAGUGACAAGAUCAGGGUGUCUAACUGUUCAUGAUUUUGAAUCUUUAUACUGUCAAAGUAAUCAACCAGUUCCACGCCGAGAAGAAGAUGAGGGGAAACACCUGCUGCACAUUUCUUUAUCCAAUUCUAUUGAUGCUGUUCGCUGGAAUCCUGUUAAUCAGGAUGAGGUGGCAUGUACAUCCCUAAGCCAUAAUGAAGUUCAUAUAUUUGAUAUUUGGGUAUUGAGAAAGAGGCCUACUGUUACUGUUCAUGGUAGCAGUAUACGCAAAGGUUUAACUGAUAUAGCCUUAUUUAAUGAUGACACAAGGGUACUUGCUUCAGACACAUGUGGAGCAAUAAGUAUCUGGGACAGAAGAGUGGGUGAUCUUCCACAAACUGGGCUUACAACUAAUGCAAAUAGCAGCCUUACCAGCAUCCAACUGAAUGGAGAUCAAUGUGUAUAUGGUGCUAGUAAGAGUGGGUUUAUAUAUAUUUGGGAUCUACGUGGUGGAAGAUCAUCAGCUGCUUUUCAAAGUCACAAGGAGGUACAUUCUUCUCCUAUGACAUCAUUAAAGUUAGCAUCCAUGCUGAAUAAAAUUGAGCUUCUAAAGGCACAAUCAGAUAUUGUAGCAAAGGAAAUACAGUCAAUUGACAUUAAUCCAUCUUGUCCAAAUCAACUCGGCUUCCAUCUUGAUGAUGGUUGGUCUGGUGUUUUGGAUUUGCAUAAUUUCCAAGUGACACAUAUCCAUUGCCCUCCGCCUCAUUGGCUGGAUGAAACAAAUAAUGUCCCUAUUUUGUUCUCGAGAAAACCAUCAUGGCUACCUGCACAUUCGAUGUAUGCAGUUGGGUCAUCUUCAAGCGAUGGGCUUCACCUAUUGGAUUUUUACCCACACAGAAACUCCCCAUGCCACGUAGAUCAUGAUGACAUGAAGGAGAUUUUUCAUCCACGUAAGCAAAACAAGUUGAUACCAUUGUCUGGACGUGUUACUGCUUGUGCCACUCAUCCCCUCAAUGGCACCAUAAUUGCUGGAACCCUGGAAGCUUCUCUACUCAUGGUUUCUCAAAAGCACAUUUCAUGGAAAGGAGACAAUGAUGACAAUGAGCAUAAUUGAACACUUUUGUGUGUAUAGCCC